GUCACUUUUGUUCACCCUUUGAUAAAUACUUCUGCCUGAUUCUAGAUGGGACUUGAUAUCCAUUUCGGCGCCUCACAGCUCACCCUCCUCUCCCUCGCCCUCCUCUGCCCCGCCCCACGGACCGUCACAUCGUACCCCCACUCUCCCACCACCCUCCUGCCCACGGUGGACAUACCUGAGCUGGAGUCCGCGCUAUUGCAGGCUUCUUUGGAUGACCUGAGUGACGAUUGGCUCGUCCAGCCCGACAUGUGGGUCGAGUGGCCUCAGGACCCCCGCCUGGCCCUGCUGGAGCCCCGGGGGGAGGGGGAGGAGGAGGAGGCUGGCCCCACGGAAGAGGAGGUGCUGCAGAGAGUCCAGAGAGGAGACCUGCUGGCACAGCCGCUGUCACCCUUCCCUGGAGCUCAGUCUCUUCAGGGCAUCCACUAUCAGCAGGGAGGAGAGGGGGAGGAUGGAGGAAAGAGGAAUGAAGCUCUGACCUCCAUCGCUGGAGGACUCCAAGCUGUCAGCCGGGAGAAAGGAGGAUUCGGUUUCCGCUUUGGGAGGAAAAGAUGGACUGACAGGGGAUGGAUGAACGAAGGGAGAGGGAGCACAGAGGAGAAUGAGAUGGAAUGAUGAAGAAAGGGUUUCAGCAGGAAGGAAAGAAGAGUUUGAUGGGAGAUGAACCAGUAAACAGUAAACUUCUUUCCUCAUGAGGGUGGUGAUGCACUCAGCAAUUUUCUAGGCAGCAAGCAUCCAGCAACAGGCGAUACACACAAACGCAGAGUAUCUCAGUGAUUGAUGGCAACCGAAUGUUGCUUGCAAAGUUGCCCAGUGGAUCACAACAGUGAAAAGUGAAGCAGUGCGACGUUCAGGGCAGGUCGUACUUCAGUUUGAGGAAAUGAAUUCUGUGGAUUUUAACGUGACGAAAUCAUCAGGUCCGUAAAUUUGAUAACAAAAGUGUCCAAAAGACCAGCACAAAAUUUAAAUGCAUCAGUGGUAUGUGGAGUCCAUACUGCACUGUGUGGCACUUUGCAAUCCAACAGGCAGUCAGACAGAUGAAAUGAACGAAAACACCAACACGUCUGCUGUCUCUGCUUCAAAUCGUGAUAAUUACAGUUGAUAAAGUCCUAAAGCUGCAGGUAUUCAGAAACAGCAACACUGAUUUACCCUCCGUUAUUUCCAAGCAACUGUAAUCUUUGUUUUCGCCGCCACGAAAGGUCCCGCGUCUCAAUUCAUCUGAUUGGACAACGAGAAACAAACGACGUCGGGUGCUUUUCAGCUCCCAGUUGAAGUUUUUCAGCGCACGAAAUGCUGAAAAAAUCUUUGGGCCUUGAAUGUUCCAGAUGUCAAAGCUUCUCUGCAAAAGUGAAUGUUGAAGUAUCUCUGGCAAACCCAAAGUCCAACAGUGUAAUAAUACAUGUACAUAUAUAUACUGUAAGUAGGUAUUUGUAAGUGUGUUGAUUUGUUGGAUUGAAUAUAAGCAAAUGAAUAAAGAGUUGGGAGGUGUAAACUGGAACACAAAACUCUCAACACAGAAUUCUGGGCUGAUGGUUUGUUUCUUUCAACAGCCUGCUGAGGUGUCGUCAGACACAACACUCAUACUGAUACCACACUGUACAAAUACUCUGUUACUACUACAAGUCAAAUAAUGUAAAGGUUGUACAUGUAAUUGGGAUGUACUUUUUUCAAAGUAAAAGUACUGAGUGGGACUUGAGCAGUUAUGCCUCCUGUAACUUUUGUCUGAUCUCGUUUUGAACAGUUUCAUACAGGACUGCAGCACAUUAUUCUGUUCAUUCUGGAUUCUUCUGCUGAUUAUUGUCCCUGUUAAUAUGCUGAUAGUUUUAUAAGAGUUUGUAAAAAUACAGAAAACACAGAGAAAUGCGGUCCUAAUUAUG